AUGCCAGCGGAGCCCAGCUCGGAAACACCUAUUAGGGGUUCUGAAGUUCAACGAGUUCGAGAGGUCUAUAGAUAUCUCCCCGCGUUCGCCGCGCCCCUCAUUCCCUUGCCCAAACAAGAUGGUAAAAACACAGAAAUUCCAAGGCUAUCACCAAAGGCACAUUCUUCCUCGGAUCGGGCACUCAAUGCCUUCGCACAGCUUGGUGCUCUACGGUUAAAAGCAAGGAGGGUUAUGAUCUCAUUGGUUGAUCGUACGCAUGAAUACAUUCUAGCCGAGUCGACAAGAACGUUAUCAUCUCAGGAUGACGAUGUACACGAUGCCGGAGAUUCCUUAUGGUUGGGCGUACGAACAAUAUCUCGCCAAGAUUCAUUAUGUGCUGCUGUUAUAAAUACGCCGCGAUCAGAAAACGAUCGCAUCGAUGCUGAGUUUCGGCCUAAAGUCAUACCAAAAGUUAUAAACGAUCUUGCUGAUGACGGGACCCUCAAAGAUGCUUUCAAUUUUAUUCAAGGUCCAAACAUUCGGUUUGUGGCUACUGUGCCAAUACGAUCUCGAAGAGGAUUCGACAUUGGUGCAUAUAGUGUGUUUGAUGAUGUUCCACGGAAUGGGUUAGCGCCAGAAGAAUUGGAGUUUUUAACUGAUAUUACUGAUACUGUGAUGGACCACCUUGAGUAUAUUGCCGUAAAAAGAGGCCACCAGAGAGGGGAGAAGAUGGUGAAGGGAUUAGGACUGUUUGUAGAAGGUCACUCUAGUAUUAAAUCUUGGUGGCUGCGUACUCGACAUGAUCGCCAGACAUCUGUUCGGAAGAGCUACUCGGAACCCACAAGAAAUGUCGGAGAAGCAGCCGACUUUGCGAAUUCUAGCAAAGCAGAUACCGAAAAUGCAAGUACUGAGGCCAAUUUAUCAUUUGUUGAACAAUCGCAAGGACUGGACAUACCAAACCCUCCAAUUUCCUCCUCAAUAUCGUCUUCUGACGGUCCUCGCAAUGAUGUAUCAACUAGACCCAAGACAGAAAAUUAUCAACCGCCUGCUCUUUCUUCUACUCAUAUCAGGAAAAAUUCGCCCGCUGCUAAGGAAGAGGUCGACCAACCUAUCGCUGUCAGUCCGGUUCCAGUUUCUUAUAAAUCUCCAGUCUCGACGGCAAGAAAAUUUAUCAAGCCUUCGCCGCUGGUGUUACACAAUGAAAGGCAACGAUCAGAGGGUGGAAAAGACACUCCGGCAAAUGACUUUAGUGCCCGAGAUGUUUCCGACAAUGCUGAAACCUUGAGGAGAAUGCUUUCUCGCGCUAGUAACCUGAUGCGUGAGUCAACAGACGUAGAAGGAGUUUUAUUUUUUGAUGCUAGGGAAAGUACUUUCGGAUCCCGUGGACGUUCAUUAUCAUUCAUUAAUCCGAUGAGGACUCCCAGUCUGCAUGAUGGGCCACCACUAUCCAGUAGUGAAGAUGAUCAGAAUGACCAGAGAACCUCUUCGCGUAUUAAUACUUCGGAUAGUAACUCCGAACAUAAGAGUUACGGCAAGGAGUCAGCCCAGAAAGGAGGGGUUCCACAAACUCGGAUGUGUGAGGUACUAGCAUAUUCUACGGCAUCACAAUGCACAUUGCAUGGAGACUCAAAUUUGCCAGAGCACUUGACUGUCACGGAAAAUUUUGUUCGCCGCCUAUUCAAGCGCCACCCUCAUGGCAAAGUUUAUGCCUUUGAUGGUGAAGGCCAAAUGUCAUCAAGUGAAGAUGGCCUUUACGACGCUGCCGCUACUGGAGAGAUAGCAAUUGUUGCCGAUUCUGGUCAUAGCUCACUGCUUAGGAAGGCAUCGUCCAGAGUUUUGGAGGGUCAAACUAUGCUACAGAUAUUUCCUGGUGCCAGAUAUGUAAUGGUUCUACCAUUAUGGGAUUCACAGCGUGGGCGCUGGUUUGCUAGUGCUAUGCUCUGGACUUCAGAUCCAACUCGAGUUCUCAAUCUGGAUGAUGAUCUGAAUUACGUGGCUGCUUUCGGGAAUAGUAUCAUGGCUGAAGUAUCCCGUCUUGACAUGAUCACAUCUGACCAGACCAAGACUUCCUUAAUAUCAUCCAUUAGUCACGAAUUGCGCAGUCCUCUUCAUGGAAUUGCUGGAAGCAUCGAACUUUUACAGGACACUCAGAUUACUAAAUAUCAAAAGGAUGUAGUAGAUACUAUUGGCCACUGUUCUGCCACACUACUUGAUACGCUAAAUAAUGUACUAGACUAUGCAAAAAUCAACAAUUUUACCGUAGCACAAAAGUGUGAACAAAAAGCUAUACGCAGUUCUUCCAGAACAAGGAAAUCACUUUCUGCUGAAAAGUUCCGGAUUUAUGGAACUAUCAGCUUGACUUCAGAUCUCGAUAUUGCCUCUAUCACAGAGGAUGUUAUAAAUGGCAUUUAUGCUGGGCAUGUUUAUGCUCUUCAAUCAACAUCUACGGUCAGCACCGAUAUGGACCAUCCAAUUUCUCCAACCAGACCCGACAUGCAAGGAAUGGAAGAACCACAGGCGCUAUCUGUCAUCCUUGACGUUGACCAUAGAUCGAACUGGAAUUUUCUGAGUCAACCUGGAGCAUGGAAGCGUAUUCUGAUGAAUAUACUUGGAAACGCAUUGAAAUUCACUACGUCUGGAUUGGUCAAGGUAAGCCUUAAUUAUGAAAUGGCCACUUCGCCAAAGUCUAGAAAAAAUCUAGCUUUUGUUACUUUGACCAUUAGCGAUACAGGUAGAGGUAUCGCGGCAGAUUUCCUAAAGCAUCAGAUAUACACUCCGUUCGCUCAGGAGGAUAGUUUGACUCCUGGUGCUGGCUUGGGGCUUAGUAUUGUCCGCCAAAUUGUAGGGGCGCUUGAUGGGAAAAUCGAAGUUUUUAGUAUUCAAGGUAGCGGCACCGUUGUUAAGGUUGUUCUCAAACUUGAAAAGUCCCAACCACAAACUGUAGAAGUAUCUCGAAUGCCAAGCAAUAUUGAGAAAGCUAGAGCUUAUACCGAUGGUCUAGAGUUGGUAUUGAUAGGAAUGGAGACUUUGACUCCUGAACCAGAGAAAUCAGUAGAUUCAAAUUUGAACCAUCAUAGGUCUGUAGGAUCAGCGGUCUCUAGGAUCUCCAGGAAUUGGUUUGGAAUGAAGACUAGUGAAGCUGUUGGAUUCGAUGCCGCAAAGGGAGAUGUAUUCCUGGUAGCUUCUGAAAAAUUCUACGAAUUGGAGAAUAGUUGGAAAAAUCUCUUCUCGGACGCUACGGGUGAUACUCGGAAUAGGCAUAUCAUUAUUUUGACAGGAUGUGCACAAGCCCGACGGAGAACGUCAUUCGACAAUUACCAGAACAUACAUUUUCUCAGCAAUCCAAUUGGUCCCAAAAAGCUUGCAGAAUAUUUUCUUACUAUAUUCGAAAGGUCUAGUGGCCACGAUGGUAGUCAGUUUCUUGCGAUGCCUUCAAAUCCUCGAAGAACCAGUUCUCCUUCUUUGCCCAGAAGCAGGUCCCCGCUAGCUCAAAAGUCUCCACAUUCUGAUACACCUAUGUCCGAUAAACCGAUUGCACUUCUUGUCGAAGACAAUCCCAUCAAUAUGAAAAUCCUUAUAGCAUGCAUGAAGAAACUGAACAUGCGAUACUACUGUGCGGUAAAUGGUCAGCAGGCAGUAUCUCAGUAUAGAACUGCGAAGAAGAAGCCGGACGUCAUUUUCAUGGAUAUAAGUAUGCCUGUGAUGAAUGGUUUCGAGGCAAGUCAACGCAUAAGAGGGCUUGAGAGGGAAGAAAAUUUAAAGGCAACUGUCAUUGUCGCAGUUACGGGAUUGGCCAGUGAUGAAAGUCAAAGAGAAGCGUAUAGCAGUGGCAUUAAUCUCUUUAUGAGUAAACCGGUGCCAUUGAAGGAUUUGAGUAGGAUUGUGGUGGAUUUGGAAAGAGACAGGCGUGUUUCGGUGGCUUGA